UUUCAGUCACCACACAUGAACUUUCCCUUUGACAGUAUGUGAGAAUGACUGCUUUUGGUAGUUUAUUUUCAAAAGUUUGGCAUACUUUCAACACAACAACAACGCUAUUUGGAGAGACCCAAUCCUGACCAAAAGGUUAUUGUUUGCUCAAGAUAAACCACAUUACUGGAUGUUCACACACACACCAUACCUGCCAUAGCCUCUCUCCAGCCAGGCCUUCAACAUGCCAGCUUCUCUCUCCCCUGCCCCGUGGUACUCGGGACUCUCUCUGAUUAUCUCCAGAUCAGAGGGGGGCACCCCCAUUACCACACCCAUCUGGUACCAGCGAGCAGCCACAGAGUUGUUGACCAUCUUCUGCAUCAGUCUCACUGACUCUUCUGAUGAC